CUCUCUUUCUCUUUCUCUCUCUCUUUCUUUCUCUUUCUUUCUCUUUCUCUCUCUCUCUCUCCUUCUCAACAGCCAUCAAGAAUGUCCGGGAAGGAACGCGGAGCCCAAGGACCGCUCACGACAUGGGCCUCAAACGGACCUAUGAAGCCAUGGAAGGAAACAUCAAGCAGGCAAUGUCAAUGAGAGAAUCUCCCACGCCUUUAGAAGGCUUAAUCUGCCGGGCUGUGCCUCAAGGCAGUCCCCACUCCGACAUGAAGGAGAGGACUGUGUUGGCGGGCUCCAUAAUGCAAGGCACCCCGCGAUCGACCGCUGAGAGCUACGAAAUCGGGCUCAAGUACCCCAAGAUCAAGAGGGAGUCUCCCCCCAUGAGGACCUUUGAGGGAGCCAUCACCAAGGGGAAGCCCUACGACGCGGUCACCACCAUCAAGGAGAUGGGGCGCUCGGUCCACGAAAUCCCCCGGCAGGACCUGUUGAAUCAGGAAAGCCAGAAGUCUCCCGAUCUCGUCCCUCACGUCCGCCCCAUCAUCGAAGGAUCCAUCUCCCAGGGGACGCCCAUCAAGUAUGAGAGCAGCUCCUGCCAGUCGGCUAUCAAGCACAACGUCAAGUCCCUGAUCACCGGGCCCAGCAAACUCUCGCGAGGCCUCCCGCCCAUGGAGAUGGUCCCCGAGAACGUGAAGGUGGUGGAACGCGGGAAGCACGAAGACCCCAAGGCUGGAGAGAUGCGCUCUCGCCACACCUCGGUGGUCAGCUCGGGGCCCUCCGUCCUGCGGUCCACGCUCCACGAGGCUCCCAAGUCCCAAGUCAGUCCCGGGAUCUACGAGGAUCCCAACGCCAGGAGGACCCCAGUGGGCUAUCAAAGCCUGUCCAGAAGUUCACCCAUGAUGAACCGCGGCGAAGGCACCCUUUCCUCGGCGAAGCCUAUGAAUCACGAGAGGAAGUCCACCUUGACGCCAACGCAAAGGGAGAGCGUCCCAGCCAAAUCUCCGGUCCCGGGGGUCGACCCGGUGGUCACGCACAGCCCCUUCGACCCCCACCACCGAGGGGCUGCCUCCGAGGUCUACAGGAGCCAUCUUUCUCCUCACCUGGACCCCACCAUACAGUUCCACAGAGCCUUGGAUCCCGCGACCGCCUACAUGUUCCAGCGGCAGCUCUCGCCCACCACCGGCUACCCCAGCCAAUACCAGCUUUACGCCAUGGAGAACACGCGGCAGACCAUCCUCAACGACUACAUCACCUCCCAGCAGAUGCAGGUCAACUUGCGGCCGGACAUUGCACGAGGACUGUCCCCACGGGAGCAGACCUUGGCUCUUCCCUACGCCGGUGCCCGAGGAAUCAUCGACCUGAACAGCAUGGCGCCCACCAUCUUAGUGCCCCACCCCGGAGGGCCGAGUACGCCCCCGAUGGAGAGGAUCACCUACAUUCCGGGCACUCAGCUGGCGUUCCCCACCAGGCCUUACAACCCACCUUCCAUGUCUCCAGGGCACCCGUCUCACCUGCCGGCCUCCGUGGUUGCCAGUGCAGAGAGGGAGAGGGAGAAGGAACGAGAACGGGAGCGGGAGAGAAUCUCAUCCACUCCCACCGACCUCUACCUUCGCCCAGGCGCCGAGCAGCCGGGGAAAGGAGGCAGCCACGGCUACGUCCGCUCACCGUCGCCCUCCGUCCGGAGCCAGGAGUCCAUCCUCCAGCAACGGCCCAGCAUCUUUCAGGGCUCCAAUGGGACCAGCGUCAUCACCCCGCUGGACCCUGCCGCCCAGCUGCGCAUCAUGCAGCUGCCCCCCGGCGCGCCCUCCAUCACCCAAGGCCUGCCGGCCUCGCGCUACAGCACCGCAGCCGACGCCCUGGCGGCCCUGGUGGACGCGGCCGCCUCCGCCCCGCAGAUGGAAGUGGCCAAGGCCAAGGAGGGCAAGCACGAGGGGGGCCGGAUAGACGAGAAUCUGGGGCGCCGGUCCUCGGUGGUGAGCGAGCCGCCGCCGCAGCCGAUGGAGCCGAAAGCGCUGGACGGGGAGAGGCGGGGAGCCCCGGGUCCUUACACCUCAUCGGCCUCGGCGGCUUUUUCCAGCGCCAAAUCCCAGAAUCUGCCGUCUUCGGCUGUCUACUCCGAGGCUGGGACGGACAAAGGACCCCCCUCCAUCUCCAAGUACGAGGAGGAGCUGCGCACGCGGGGCAAAACCACCAUCACCGCCGCCAACUUUAUCGACGUGAUCAUCACCCGGCAGAUCGCCUCCGACAAGGACGCCCGGGAUCGCAGCUCGCAAAGCUCGGAUUCUUCCGGCAGCCUCUCCACCUCUUCCCACCGAUACGAACCCUCCAGAGAUGCGAUCGAGGUGAUCAGCCCCGCCAACUCCCCUGCCCCCCCUCAGGAAAAGAUGCCUCCUUACCCGCAGGAGCCCCCCAAAAUGAGCCAAGGAGAAAGAGACUGCAGCCGCCAGUACGAGGGGUCCAGCCAUCCUUACAGGCCCUCGCAGGAUUCGCCCUCGCCACAGCAGCAGUCGGCCCAGCCGACGCCGGCACCACCGGCUCCACAGCCAGCCCCUCCGCCUGCCCAGGGCGAGGGGAUGGGCCCCGUGCCUCGGACUCACCGCUUGAUCACCCUGGCCGACCACAUCUGUCAAAUCAUCACGCAGGAUUUUGCCCGCAGCCAGGCCUCCGCCCAGCCUUCCCUCCCGACGCCCACCAGCACAUUCCAGAGCUCGGCUCUGACCUCCGUCACGCCGAGCCCCCGGCCCAAGGCUUCGAACCGCUACAGCCCGGACAUCCAGGUGCAGGCCGCCCCCCACCAGCGCCCGGGCUCCCGGAUGUCCCCCGAAAACCUCUGUGAGAAAAGCCGGGGAAGGCUUGGGAAGUCCCCCGAGAGAAGCCACGUCUCCUCGGAGUCCUACGAGCCGAUCUCUCCACCGCAGGCGCCGGCGGCCCACGAGAAGCAAGACAACUACCUGUUGGUGUCGCAGAGGCCGGAGCCUUUGGAGCAGAGGACCGACUCCCGUUCUCCGGGCAACAUCGCUUACCUGCCUUCCUUCUUCACCAAGCUGGAGAAUACCUCGCCCAUGGUGAAGUCGAAGAAGCAGGAGAUCUUUCCAGCCGCUCAACCUGGGACAGAAAUAUUUAACUUGCCAGCAGUCACCACCUCAGGUUCGGUGAGUGCUAGGGGCCCGUCCUUAGCCGACCCAGCCAGCAACCUGGGGCUGGAGGACAUCAUCCGCAAAGCCCUGAUGGGCAGUUUCGACGACAAAGGCGAGGACCACAGCCUGGUCAUGGCGCAGCCCCUGGGGAUGGUGCCCGGCGGGUCAUUACCGACCAACAGCGAAACGCGGCGGGAGGAAACCAGCCCCUCCCCCAAUCCAGGUGGGGGGGUCAGCAAGCAGAAGCUGAUGGGCAAAUCCGGGAGCAGGAAGUCCAAAUCCCCAAUUCCUGGUCAAGGCUACCUGGGAACGGAGCGACCUUCCUCGGUCUCCUCGGUCCAUUCGGAAGGCGACUAUCACCGGCAGACCCCCGCCUGGUCGUGGGAUGACCGGCCGUCCUCCACAGGUUCCACGCAGUUCCCCUACAACCCGCUGACCAUCCGGAUGCUGAGCAGUACUCCCCCCGGCUCCAUGGCCUGUGCCCCCUCUUCGGCCGGACAGGCCGCCCCACACCAGCCCAGCCGGAUAUGGGAGCGGGAACCGGCCCCUCUGCUCUCUGCCCAGUACGAGACCCUCUCCGACAGCGACGAGUGACGUCCGGGGAGAAAGGAAAAAAAAUGAGAGACACACCCAUAAACAAAAGGGAGAAACGAAAGAAACAACGCAGCAGGGAAGUUUGCAAACCAAGUCGCUGGGGGUGGGGGGUGAUGGAGUUUGCUGCAUUUUUUUUUUUUAAAAAAAGAAAAGCCGCAAAGCCCCCCCCCCUCCCCACUUCCUCCCCCUGAGACUGUCGAAAGGAGAGGCACGGGGAUCCCGUUUUUUUUACGGCGCCCAAAUGGACCGCGGGAUCGUUUUUUUUUACGGAGGAAAAACUCGCUCGGGGGGGAAAAAAAAAAGGAUCCCUCCCGUUUUCAGCCGGCCGGGUGUCUCGAAGAUAAAUAUGUAAAGAGUU